AUUCCAAGUAUCAACGGUUUUUAGGCUAACCGGAUUUAUUUCAAAAAACAAAAACAAUCCACAGUCCAGAUAUCCAAUAAAGAGGAUAAAAUGGCUCAUUUUGUCAGCGUUGUUUGCACACAGACUGAGCCGGUACUCCGAAUCCAUCAACUGAAAAAAGGAGAUCACAUAAAGUUCCACAGAGUGGCGUAUACUCACCAUGCUAUCGUUACAGAUGUCGACUACAGCGCAGAGCAGUUCGAAGUUAUUGAGUCUUCCGAAAAGCAGAAAAUAAAACGACGAAGAGAUACCAUGGAAAAUUAUAAAGAACUUCCAAUCAUUUAUCGUUAUACUUACGAUGGAGUUGAACGGAACAGCCCUGAAGUUACGGUUGCCCUUGCAGAGGCUUGCCUGCAAAAUAAAGAUCGUCUACCCUACGAUCUAUUGAGGAACAAUUGCGAACAUAUUGCAAAUUUUUGUGCAACUGGCAAACAUAAAAGUCUGCAGGCUGAAAGAUUUUUAAAAGCUAGAAAAUUUGCCUUAUUGGCUAUCGAAAUGCUUAAUGACUUCCUGACUUAAAAGGAAUAACAUUAUAUUUCAAAGAAAACAAACUCGACGAUAGAUUUCUAAAAAAGAGCAUAUCAUGUUACUCAGUUUCAAUAUCUGUAUAAGUCAAAAUUGU